UAUAGUACUUUCGGAAGAGAACUCCUAGCAAUUUACUUGGCAAUAAAACAUUUCCGACAUAUGAUUGAGGGUACCAUUUUCACAGUAUAUACAGACCAUAAACCCCUCACAAAAGCAUUGAACGCCAAACAGGACAACUACUCGCCGAGGGAAAUCCGACAAUUAGAAUUUAUUUCCCAAUUCACGUCUAACAUACAGUAUAUCAAAGGCAAUAGUAACGAAGUAGCAGACGCAUUAUCCAGAACGAUGGUUAACGCUCUCAUUCAGUCUGAAAUCGAUUAUCACAAGUUGGCAGCAUUACAAAAUAUCGACGUCGAGUUAAACAGACUAAAGUCUGCCAACACAACCUCAUUAGUUCUCAAAGAAACUCCAUUGGAAGAAGUAAGCAUCACCUGCGAUAUUUCUACAGGUCAACCAAGACCAUUUAUUCCAAAGCCGCUAAGGCGAAACAUUUUCGAAGCCAUGCACAAUAUUUCGCAUCCCGGAAUAAAGGCCACCAUCAAACUAAUCAGCGAACGUUUUGUAUGGCCAAGUAUGAAUCGGGAUAUUCGUAAUUGGACGCAAGCGUGUAUAAAAUGCCAGAGAGUUAAGAUACAUCGCCACACCAGUUCCGCAGUAGGUCAUUUCCGUCAUCCCGAUAACAGAUUCGAGCACGUACAUAUCGAUAUUAUAGGACCACUGCCGGUUUCGAAUGGUUUCAGUUACAUUUUUACUUGCAUUGAUAGAUUCACACGAUGGCCUGUAGCUGUGCCCAUAAAAGAUAUUACAGCCGAAACUAUCGCAAAAACCCUAGUAGAGCAUUGGAUUUCCCAUUAUGGUGUACCUACUAAUAUUACAACCGAUAGAGGAGCUCAAUUCGAGAGCCGCCUCUUCCAACAACUCACAGAACUACUCGGAAUCAAACGAAUUCGCACAACAUCCUACCAUCCGAUGUCGAAUGGUAUGGUAGAGAGAUUGCAUCGGCAACUUAAAGCUUCACUUACAGCUGUCAUCAGCAAUAACGAUUGGGCCAGCAAGCUACCGUUAGUCAUGUUGAGCUUAAGAUCAACAAUCAAACAAGAUAUAGAAUGCUGCCCAGCAGAGUUGGUUUAUGGAACCACACUACGUCUGCCAGGAGAGUUUUUCACCGCAAGUAAAAGCGUCCCAACUGAUAUAGCGGACUAUGUACAGCGUCUUAAGCAGCAUAUGAGUAGUCUAAGGAUAACGCUUCCGAGACAACAUCAACGCCGUGUGUACAUACCCAAACAACUAAGUGACAGUACCCAUGUGUUUAUAAGAAGGGAUAAUGUGCAACGUCCCUUACAACCGGCCUACGAUGGUCCAUUUAAGGUGAUUAAAAGAGACGACAAAACUAUUACGGUAGACAAAGCUGGAAAAACGGAUGUAAUUAGCAUCGACCGAGUCAAACCAGCUUUCAUCGAAGCCUACGAUCAGUCAGUACAUACAGAUACUGCGAAAACCGUUGAAUCAUCGAAACUUCAGUUCCAAUCAUCAACGACAUCGACGAACACAAACAAAGAGAAUCCAGUAACGACAAGGUCUGGUCGAAGAGUAAGAUGGCCCCAACGUUAUGUCGCUGCAAUCUUCUAUUAAUAAUCUUCUACUAUUUUAAAUAUUAAUUAUAACUUCCACUUCAUUGUACACACAUGCAUUACUAAUUUCAUGUUUUACGCUAUAAAACUCAACAUAUCUUAUGUACCCCUACACUUAAACGUAUAAUUUUUAUUUAAAAUGUAAAGCAAUACCGCAUUCCUUCUAUUUAUUGCUAUUAUUUUUUAUAACCUCACGGACAGGCGCAAACCAAAUGCACAGCACACACCAACUUCAUCUUAAUUUUGUACAAACUAUUUUUUUUCAAACGAUUGUAACUACCUUACUCAGUUUAGUAAUUUUUUGUGCAAACACAGACAUUUUUCCAUAUAUCUUUGUUUGCAGGGGGGAGCUAUUAUAGUGACUCACGUGUAAUCGAGUUUAGCUCAGUCAAAGUCUUUUGUUGACCUAUUUAAUGGACAAAGUCAUCCAUGAUAUAACAACUUGUUGUACUGUCUUUAUUAUUAUGCCUGUAUGAAAUACAUAUGCUUGAACAUUGUUUAGCGCCUACGCAUGUAUUCAUUCUGCUAGCUUCAUUAUUAACUGCUUAGUCUAUUCGCUGACUCAUCCAUUUUCCUAUAUAUAUAUAUAUGUGUACAUUUGCACCUACUACUACUACUACAACUACUUGCUACUGCUACAAUCGUAGUUCGCUUGCUCAUUCAUUUUGCCUCUCUGCUGUCUGGUCCGAAUUAUCUAC